AUGAAACGUGUUUUGCGCGUAUUUGCAUCGUAUAUGGACUUUGAAUCUGAUCACAUGCUUUUUGUUCAAUUGUUCGACUGCAUCUACUCUUGCUACCAAACUGGAAAUGGAAGCUUUGGAAUUGGAGCGAACUGCAUGUUGUUCGCCAUGGUCUGUCUUCCAGACAAUCCAGUGUACGCCAUGCUGGACAUGAUUUACCAGAGUUACACCACCGGACUUGUGUCCACCCACGCAUACUUACUCGAUCCUGGACGUCGCGGAGGUUCCUAUGUAUCGAUAACUGCUGCGCCUUGGCUUCCGGUGCAACCGGAGGACCCAUUCGCAUCGUGA